GGCCCCCACUCCACCAGGUCACGUGGGCUCCGCGGGGCAAAGUCCUGGUUGGCGGCUUGGCGCGAGGGGCGGUGAGAUGGGCGCGCUGGGCCGGGUCCUGCUGUGGCUGCAGCUCUGCGUGCUGACCCGGGCCGCCUACAAAAUCUGGGUGCCCAACACCGACUUCGACACUGCCGCCAACUGGAGCCAGAACCGGACCCCUUGCGCUGGAGCCGCUGUGGAGUUCCCUGCGGACAAGAUGGUGUCAGUCCUAGUUCGAGAAGGUCACAGCGUCACCAACAUGCUACUGCCGCUGGACGGGGAAUUUGUCCUGGCCUCAGGAGCUGGAUUCAGCGCCUCACACACCAACUCGGACCCAGACUGUAGCACAGGUGCCCCAGCGCUCUUCCUCGACCCGGACCGCUUCUCGUGGCACGACCCGCGCUCGUGGCGCUCCCGCGAUGAGGUGCAUGGCCUUUUCUCUGUGGAUGCCGAACGCGUGCCCUGCCGCCACGACGACGUCGUCUUUCCGCCCAACGCCUCCUUCCGGGUUGGCCUGGGCGCCCGCCCCAUUCGCGUCCGCAGCAUCUGGGCUCUGGGCCAGAAAUACACGGUUAACGAGGACCUGCUGGCUUUCCUGGAGUCCCGCGCCGGCCGCCUGCACUUCCACGGGCCCGGCGCGCUGAGCGUGGACCCCGAGGCCUGCGCUGACCCGUCGGGCUGCGUCUGCGGCAACUCCGAGGUGCAGCCAUGGAUCUGCGCAGCCCUGCUCCAGCCCCUGGGCGGCCGCUGCCCCUCGGCCGCCUGCCACGAAGCUCUCCAGCCCGAGGGGCAGUGCUGCGACCUCUGUGGAGCCAUCCUCUCGCUGACCCACGGCCCAGCCUUUGACCUGGAGCGGUACCGGGAGCGGCUGCUGCACGACUUCCUGACUUUGCCCCAGUACCAGGGCCUGCAAAUGGCUAUGUCCAAGGUGCUGCGCCCGCCCCGGCCCCGCGAGGCCACGGGCCCGGAGGCCGACACAGAGGUCCAGGUGGUGCUGGCGGAGACCGGGCCCGAGAGGGGCGUCGCGGGGCGGCUGGCCCGGGCCCUCCUGGCGGACGUCGCCGAGCACGGCGAGGCCCUCGGGGUCCUGUCGGCGACGCUCCGCGAGUCCGGCGCGCCUAUCGGGGGCGGUUCGGCGGCGGGACUGGAGGGGCCAGGGUCGCGCGCGGGCCUGGCGGGCGCGGUGGCGGCCGCGCUGCUCCUGUUGCUGCUGGCUCUGUCGGCGGGGGCGCUGUGGCUGCACCGCGGGGGCAGGCUCAGGUGGAAGAAGAACGACGAGGCGGCCGACGGGCCGCCGGGGGCGCCUCUGGGCUUCCACAACCCGGUGUUCAACGUGGCAGGCUCGGUGGAGCUGACCCCGGCCUCACAGGCGGACGCCAGGAACACCAGCCAGAGUUACUUCGUUAACCCGCUGUUUGCAGAGGCCGAGGCUUGAGCGGCCGCGUGACACUCCCUCCCCGCUCCCACCCCGGCGUCACCCUGCCGAGUGUGCGGGUCCCUGGCCCUGCGGGAUCCCUGCUCCGUCUGCACGCUCCUCCCCCUCUCCCGCCAAGCACAGGGUGGCCUUGUGCAAUAAAGGGUUUCUGGAACCUGA